AUGAUGUUGCAGAAGGAGACUAAAAAUAAGACCGGGAAGGGAAAAUCCAUAAUUUGUGCAGUUUUGGGAGCAAGUGUGGCAGCAGCCGUGGAAGAUAGGAGGCAGAAGCUGUGUCAAAAUGAUACCACAAUAGACUUCUUGAACAUGAUAAAUAAACCGUUAAGAGAGCAGUUAAGCGAGACCCAGCAGCUGUUAGAGGAGGAAAGAAACCAGAACGUUUUACUAAAAGAAGCAUUGAGAGAAGAAUUGUGGAAAGAGAGUGACUCAUGUGGAGAGGUGGAAUCAAAGUUAGAAGAGAGAGGCAUUAGGCAAAUUUAUCCCCAGGGGGACUUGGAGAGAGCAAAAGCAACAGUAGAUAGUCUUCCUCAUAUAUAUCACCAUAUGUAUCCCCUGGUCAAAACUGAGGAUUUAUAUGAGGUUGAUAACGAUGAUCACCCCCAAGUUAUAACUAAAGAGGUUCUGUUUACAGCGACUGAGUUAGCAAAAUUAAGGAAAGAUUCUGCAAGUAAUCCAAAGGAAUCAGAAACAGAGUAUGUCUGGAGAAUAUCAUUAUCAGGGGGAGAUGGAAUCCUGUUGUCAGAAAAGGAAGCAGAAGGAUAUUGGGCUCCAGGUGUGUUUCUAACAACCAACAAUUAUCAUGCCCCAUGGUCAUUGAUGCAGAGGACAGCAUAUUGGGCUGGGGGGCUGAACCCUUUGGAGGGGGGAGACCUAGCAAUGACAGGUACAGUGGAUCAACUGGUAGAAAGUGUGCAAAAGGUAGCUUGUUUGCAGAUGACGUACGAUAGGGAGCUCAAACCUAACCAGAGCUCCCCAGUGAUGAUGCCUGUGGAUCUGGAACGGACGACUUCUCUAAUUCAAGAACUUCCUGAUUCUCUAAAGCCCAUUGGGAUCCAGCUGCAGGGGAAGAUACAAAAUACCCCUGUAGCAGACAGAGUUACAGCCUCCCUCGAGGGGGUAACGGCCCCCAGUCACCAGUGGUCAGGGAGAAAAGUGUGGACGUGGGGAGAAGUAGCCCAAGAACUAAUUAAUUUUGGGAGAAAAUAUGGUCCUCUUGGUGGAUCCUGGCAAAGACCCAAAACCAAAACUGUAUGGGCCGCAGGAAAAGGAGAGAAGCGAUUGGCGCUGGUUAAGAGAAGUCAGGAUUUAAAAUCAGUCCGAUUUACUGAUCCUGGGAGGGGAAGACCCCGAGGCUCCAAGAAUGGUGGCAACUGGGACUCCAGAGAGGCAUUCCCUGAGAUCUAA